AUGGGUUCCUCAUCAAAGAAAGGAAACAACGAUGCCACACGGGCAGAACGAAAAGCCAAGAAGCGCAAGCUCGAAGACGCAAUACCUGAUUUACCAGGUGAAGAAGUAGUUGUGGAUGAAAAGCCAAAGAAGAAGAGAAAGAGGAGUGCGGAUGAGGAUGUGGUAGAAGAGAAGGCCGCGAAGAAGGAGAAGAAGAGCAAGAAGGAUAAAGAUGCUGUCGCAGAUGAGGAUAAGGAGGCUAGGAGUGCGGCGAAGAAAGCGAAGAAGGCCUUGAAAGCUGAGCAAAGCGAAACCGCAGCUGUUGAACUAGCAGUCCAAGAGCUAGUGGCAGAGGAAGAAGUACCAAAAAAGUCAAAGAAAGAGCGAAAGGCAGAGAGAAAAGCCAAAGAGGCUGCUGAAACUGCGACUGCUGCGAACGGGACUGCCGCCAAGGACUCCACGUCUAAAGAGGAGGCUGAUGGAGAUGGAGAGGAGAAGAAGUCUAAGAAGAACAAUCGCAACCGAGCCGAGAAGCGGAAACGAGAAGCUGCGGCAAAGGAGACUGGUGAGGAAGGGGGAAAGGCUGCUAGGUUUAUUUGCUUCAUUGGCAACCUACCUUUCAGCGCAACAAAAGAGUCUCUACAAAAACACUUCGCAUCUGUGAAGCCCAAAUCUAUCCGCCUUCUCACUAAGAAGGAAAAGCCUACCGAGUCCAAGGGUUGCGCUUUCGUUGAAUUCGAUGGAUAUGAUCAUAUGAAGACUUGUCUCAAACUGUUCCACCAUUCGAUUUUCGAUGAUGGGGUUUCUCCAUCGAGAAAAAUAAAUGUGGAGCUCACUGCUGGUGGAGGAGGUAAUACGCAGGAGAGACGGCAGAAGAUAGAAGGCAAGAAUCAGAAGCUGAACGAGCAACGCUUUCGUAGGAUACAGGAAGAAGAAAAGGUCAAACUGGAAAAGAAAGAUGGCGGUGCUAUUGAUGAGAGUGCUAUCCACCCGAGUCGUAGAGCCCGAGUCCAGGUCUAA